AGAAUUUGGACUUCCAGCUCUUUGUGUGCGGUGCUCAUCCGGAGAUGAGGAAGAGCGGGGCUCUCUUGUUUCCCCGGGCCAGCACCUUUCGCGAGACAAAACCCUGCGGAAACGUCCGGCACGAUUCACGGCAGAGUAGCUCCGGCAAAUCGCUUUGGUUUGAGAAAUUUAGUGGUUUUCAUCCGAAUUCGACAACUUGUCAAAAAUUCCGCCGGAACGACCCGUCGUUCCCGCGAACGAAAAUCUGCAUCUACGCCACAGUCUUCGCACACGUACACAUCGCUUUUUUCCAGACGCUGUCCAAGCAGGUGAUUCCUUCCUUCUCUAGACGCUGUCCACGAAGAACCUCUUUUCCGCGUGUCGUGUCUACGGAUUUUUUUUCGCAUGUCCUUCGAAGAUGUUACAGAGACGUGUGCGACCGGCCCUUCUCUGUGUUGCCUUACCGUCCACUCCUCGCCCCGAGGCGUGCUAAAAAGUCACUGCGGUGACUCGCGUAGAUCACCCGACGCGAACCUGCAGUUUCUUGCUGGUCCGUUUUACUCUGCGGCAUUUAACUGUGUCCACAGCGUUCGUCCCCGUGCUUGUGACUCUGGGGUAAAGUUCUUGUCUUCAGAAAGUCUGCGAGUGGCGCGCCUCCCUACCAUUCUACGCCGCUGCCGUGUGCCGCGUCUACCUUGUAGAGUGACUCGAAUCUGAAAUUGAGUUUCGCCGCGUAACUUUGUGGGCACUGGGACUCGCAUGGUCCUCAGAGAACGUAGGCGACGUCUGCUGCGGACGCGGCGGGUUCCUCGCGGGAUAAGUUCCGGCUUUAGCUGCAGCUGUCGGGGAACGCGGCUUGCAGGCAUCCAGAACUUGUCCAGUUCAGGUGUAUGUACACCCGAGCGUGAGGAGUCAGGGAACGGAAGCACACGUGGCCUCGAUUUUCUCGAGGUUGCGUUUCUCCAAUGGUCAAGUUGGACUCCAGAAGUCCAGUGCAUCACCUCGAGCGAGUCGUCGCUGGGUUUCCCUGUCUCGUGUUUUUGUGUCAACUGAAAAACGGAUGCCUCCAUGGGAAGUGUAAAAGUUGCUGCAGUUUCUCCACCGGGCGUGGGCCGCCACCGUACCGCGUCCGGCUUCGCUCUCCUGCCUUCGGUCCCCUCCUCUCCGUCUUCUUUCGCGUCUUCGUCUUCCACGAACGGGCGCGAUGCUUCCACUUCAACUCCGGCCCGCGUCUCGUCACCUGUCUCUGAAACUCGAGCUGCGUCUGCCUCUGGAGGAAGACACAGAGCAGCGGGACACGAUGGAGCCCUGUCUUCAAGAAACGGGGAGGAGAGCCGGUCGGAGUCUCCGAAAGUGAGGAGUCCGGCGAGUUGCAGCGCCCCGUCUCCUGGUCGAGACGGAGGAGAGCCAGUGGACGGAGACAAAGGGAGAGGCAGGACCUCUCUUCGGUGCCCGUCCUCUGGAGGCCUCACGGCUUCCUCGCGGGCUUCUUCCGUCCACGCAGAGACGACAUGUGGUUCCUUUUCUCCGGGAAAUUCGAGCGCCUCCGCCGCAUGCAGAAGAAACGAUAGUCAGGCACCCAAGCAGGACGAGGUCAGGGACAGCUUCUCCUCGAGGGGGUGUCGAACAGACCAAGAGCAGCCGUCAGGGCCAGGGGAGGAGACCCCCCUUUGGUCUCUCGGAAGUGUUCGUCGAUCUUCGCGUCUCAACCAGGUGGGCGCGGACAGCGAACAACGCGUCUCUGCACCCUCUCUGGACGCAGCUGCACUGCCGCUGAGGUCUCCUCAACAGCUUCUGCUUCCCACCUGCGCUCAGGCCUCAAGCCCAACGAGCGGAGUGUCCACACGCCGUGGCGCGGUCGGAGGGCCGGCGUCUGGAGCGCAGCGCCUCAAAGCAGAUAGGGCGGAGGUAGCAGGCCCCAGACGCGGGUCUUCAAAGGCAGACCGAGACGCCGCGUCGGAUGGCCUACGCUCAGAGGAAAAGAACUGUGACGAGAACUUCCCGUCGGCUUUCUUCGGAGACUCUCGUAAUACGCCCAGGGCGCUGACGCCUGUCACGCGGGCAACAGCUUCUCGUCUGCCAGCCUCUGCUCUGGUCCCUGCGUCUCCGCUUUCCAGGCACAGGCAGACACCCCGCAAAGUGUCUCCGCCGGAGGGGCUUUCUGGGCGCCACCACCGUCGCGGCGUCCGCGGGAAGCUGAAGCAGGAGACCGCAGCCCAGAAGCGAAACAGAGACGGGGAACGGGAGAAGAAAGACUGCUCAAGUGCGUCUGGUCCAGGCAAGAAGGCGACUCGAGGAGGAGGCAAAGCCGCAGGGCCUCUGGGCAGGAGACCUUCGAGAUUCCAGAGCCUCGACGUUACUCAGUGCGUUGGCCCAGAUGGCGAGAAGAAGGCUCCGACCUCGACGGCGACGCUGCCGUGUGGGACCUCCUUGCGGGGCGGAGCGACACUCGACGCGCCGCUCUGCUUCGCCUCUUCCACAGACGCCUCGCCUGCAUCCUCCUUCUCUUUGUCGCGCCACAACACACCGCGAAACGGAAUCCCCAGAGGCGAGGAGAGAGAGGACUCUUCAGCCUUGCCUGUAGCGGGACGGACUCGUAGCUUCCUCGCCUUUCCUCAACAGAAGGAAGCGUCGGAGUACACGAUGCUGAGUAGACUGCGGGGAGGGCGAGAGGCGGCCCCGACGCGGGCCUUAGUCCGCACCGCUCCCGCGAAUCGGAGGGAGGAUUCUGUCGCGGAGUCUCGCUCCCGGGUAGGGUAUGGAUCCGCUGUCGCGCCUGGCAGCGAGGAGACUGGAGACCGCGGGGAGAGAGGAAACUCUGGCGCGAGUGAAGGAGACAGGGAAGGUGGCAAGGGAGGGGAGCUGGCAGACGUGGAAGUGAAGCUCGAAGAGAGAGAAGAGAGGUCUGGGGUGGUUUUGAGCGGCGUCGCGAACUGCGCGUUUGAGGUCGUGACGGUGGAGGAGGUGGCGAGGCGAAGGAAGAAACACGUCGCUCGGACGCAACGUCUCAGCGCGCGAGCGCAGAGAGAACAAGAGCGACUGAGAGACAUCCUGCAGAAACAAUUCGGAAAGCGCGGCUCGUUCUGGGGCGGCUGUGGCUGGGUGCCUGCCUCGUCCGCGGCGAAGGCGACUUCCGGUGUCUCGACACCAAACCGGUCGCCCCAGGUUGCAUCGCACACUUGGCAACCGUUCAUCUUUUGUCCCUACUUUGGCGAAGAACACCGCCGGGUGUACAGACACCGGCACCCCAGGCUGUACAAGGCCCUCCUCGCGUGCGUCCAGGAAGGCAAAGUUCAUGACGGAGUUCAGGUCAUUCGCCUGCUGGACUUCCGCCACCCAGUGCGCCUCGUCACCCCCGAGGGAGAGGACGCGUACUCGCUGAGGUACGUAGGUCCCCGGAUCUCUGCCGAACACCGCGAACGCAUUAUAUUCGGAGAGUACACCGGCUACGUGAGCAGCGACGAAGACUUGCGGGCAGACCAUCCCCAGUAUUGCUUCCAGCUGAAGUUCCACAGAGAAGCGUUCCGCGAUCCGCAGGUAGUUCGAACGCAGGCAGAAGGCAUGCAGUCGCCGCAGCGGGCUGCACGAAGAACUGACAGAGAAGAAAGGUCAGAAGGAAGAGGAAGCGGAGAAGAAGGGCGAGGAGAGAGAGAACGAGGCGAAGGAACUUGCCAAGACGAAGAAACGUACCGAGACUGGGAUGCAAAAGAGGACUGGAAAGGUGCUGCGUCGUCUGUGGCGCCGUCGGUGGUGACGAUUCCUCACGACGAAAUGUACGCAGUGGACAGCACGGAAGAGUUCAACGAAAUGUCGAUGGUGAAUCACUUCCAGACAGUGGAUCUGUUUGGCGGACGCAAGUGCAGGAUCAAUGCGGAAUGGCAAGUGGUGUACGUGGACGCAUGGCCGCACAUCGUCUUGACUUCGAUUCCUGGAGUGGCGAUCAAUCCUGGAGAGGAACUCCUCGCCGACUUCGGCUUCGACUGGUUCGCCCAGAUCAAUGCGGAGUGCAUGCGCUACUGCAGGCGCGAACUGCAGGCGCUCCGGCUGCGAGACAAGCUGUCUCCGCAGGCGCUGCGAGCCUUCCUGCGCGAGCAGGAGGCGGCGGACGACGAGGAAGACGAGGCCUUCUCGUCCGACCAACUCUGCUUUCUCUGCUACGCCAAUCAGAAACCGUGCAAAGUGGCGCUGACUGGGGAGGCGCAGAACAAGAAGAAAGUGAAGCGCUCCGAAUCCGCAAGUGGUGCGUCCACGCUCCAUGACACCCGAGACAAUACACAGAAGAGUCGAGAGGAAGAGGCAACCGAGAAGGCGGUGGGAGAGAAGGAACAGGAGACGACUGGGAGUGCGGCUUCAGUGCCUCCUGGAGGCGGAGGGAGAGAAGACGCUCAUGGGUCAGAGCGAGAAGAGAAGACGGGGAAGAGUGGAUCAGCCGGCGACCAACAGAAAUGGCUGCAUGCGACGAACAGACAGAGCGUGAAACGGACAUGGGAGGAGAGGCGCGUCGGGGAGACGAGGGGGACAGAGCGCCGAGAAAAAGAAGAAAGAGGAAUCGUGUGCGACGGCUGCAAUCGAGCCUAUCACCUCGAGUGUAUCCACCGGACACAAGACCCGCCGGCGGAUGAAUUUGAGUGGUUCUGUCCACUGUGCAUCCUCUUCGCGGAAAGAGUCAACGCCGCGAGGCAAGCGAGGAAAGACGAAGAACGAGAAGCUGAAAGCUCCGCCCUCAAGAUGAGCGAGGACGCAGAGGAGAGGCGGCACGCCUUGCGAGAUGAAGCGGCUGAGCGAGAGACUCACCUUGGAAACAAUCAACACAGUCCAUGUGCAACAGACGGCCGCAUUCUCUUCUCGCACGGCAGUCGUUCUUCCUCUCCCUCUUCCUCCUCUGCGUCUUCUUCCUUGCCCAGUUCUCCGUGUUGUCUUUCUUCUUCGUCGUCUUCUUGUUCUUCGGCGUCGCUUAUUACUGGAGCAGGUUCGUCGCAGCCCUCGUCGCACGAGGCAAGCGUUGAGAACGGCUCGGUACGGCUUGUUUUCGCCGAGGCGUCUCGUCUCUGUCCCCCUUCCGCUGCAGACGCUGAGUCGUCGCCAGGCCCAGACAUGCCCAACUCGCUCUCGUGCUUGUCUUCGGGUGCUGCGGUUCCUCUCUCUUCCUCUUCUCUCUCCUCCUCUUCUCUCUCUUCUUCUUCUCUCUCUUCCGCUUCUCUCUCUUCCGCUUCUCUCUCUUCUUCAUCUCUUCCUGUUAUUUCUUCCCCGGAACAUGAGAGGAAGCCGCAAGCCGUUCUGGUGGAGGAAGAGCCAGGCGAGCCUGCGGAUAUUUCUCCGCCGCAUGCUGCGCCCUGUGUGGCCUCGAAAGAAGCGCGAACGAACGCGAAGGCCUUCCAGGCCCCGUCGUGUUCUGUUUCUUCUCCUCCUCUCCCCUGUCUGCCUUCCCCGAGCUCGCCUGUUGACAGACAUCGCGGCGAAGCGGAGAACGUGUGUGUAAUCCCACAGUCCCUCUCUGAUGUCUCUUCUUCUGUCUCUUCCUCCUCUUCGUCUUCUUCUUCUCUGUCUUCCUCUUCUUCGUCUUCUUCUUCUCUGUCUUCCUCUUCUUCGUCUUCUCUCUCUUCCUCCUCUCCGUCUUCUCUGUCUUCCUCUUCUUUCUCUUCUUCUCUCUCUUCCUCCUCUUCUUCGUCUUCUUCUGUCUCUUCCUCUUCUUCGUCUUCUUCUGUCUCCUCCUCUUCUUCGUCUUCUCUCUCCUCUUGGGUGUCUCCGACGAAGGCCGAGGAUGUGGGGGAGUCGCCUCGGGUCGUGAAGCCGCGAGUUGUCUUCUCAUCCGUCGCUGAGGCGUUUGCUUCGCAGGCGAAGAAGAUUCGCGUCCGCCCCCCUCCGUCGGUUAACGAAAUGGGCGCCGGUCGGCAGCGCGGGAAGUUGACCGACCAACCGACGCUUCCGGAGUCGCCGCAUCUGUCGACUCUCCUCCCCUGUCGCGCAUGCAGAAGCCGCUUCGGCGACGACGCCAGCGGUGUCACCUGUCGCAUCUUCAAGCUGCAUCUUGCAAAAAACUUUUCAGACCCUGGAGAAGAACCUGCGACAGAAACGCCCUUGGAAAUUUGCCACGACAUCAUUACGGCAAUGAGAAACGUAGUGAUGGACUACCGCCGAGAAGAACUCGAAGCGGCGAAAGCAGCUGCGGCGCCUUCUCCCUCAAAUGAGUGCGCCCUCGGCCACACGAAAGCGGGAGAAGAGACUGAGGACGGGUCGGUUGAAGGGAGGGCCUUUCCGGAGCUUGUUAGUGGCGAAGAUCUUUUAGCACGCAUGAGCCGACCUUCUCAUCGCUUUGUUCCUCUCCUCGGAGUUUAUCUUGGAGAGACGAAACUCGAGAGACGGCGACCCACAGGCGUCCACGUGGGGAAAGUUGCGGGGCUCAUCAGAGACGCAGAGGCGGGCGCUCCAAAGAUUGUCGUCAAGUACGAGGACGGAGACCAAGAGGUUUUCUCUCCGAAGUUUUUCAUGACGGAGCUGCUGUGCCAGGCGCUGCGGCCGCGGCAGCACCAGGGGGCAUCUCCGUUCGAAGUGCUAUUUCGUGCCGAUCUGUAUCCGUAUAUAAGCCGAGAGACCCGGCGCCACACACGGCUGCCGUUGCCGCAGUCUUCGCUCUGCUCGGAGGAGGGAGGAUGUGGCGAGGAGACGCCGCGGGUCGCGCGUCGUCGCGCUUCUGUGGAGAACGAAGUUUUGGUAGCGCUCGCGCUCUCCGGGGCGCUGUCGGAGGCUGGUGCGCAGUUCAGCGAAGGCCGGAGUGCGGUCGACUGUUUCCUGGGGGUCGACGAAGAAGAGGAAGAAGGAGAGGCAGAGGGCGUUGCAGAAGCGUUCGAGGAGAGACACCGGAGAGUGGAGAGAGGGGCUGAACACGACUGGGGAUCGCUGUUCUGCUUCCUCUCUGCUUGUCUGCCUCUGCUUGUCGUGGAGCCUGGGGAGAAGAGAUCUCGGCGACUUUUUUCGCUCCCUGGAGGCGCUGUUGAGACGCUCGCUCUGCUGCGGGAGACCAAAAGGCGAGGGGCAGGGCAGGACCUCGCACACCUGCCUUUCCUGGAACUCCUAUCCUCGUUCGUCGCACGUGUCUCCUCAAACGGAGACAGUCCUUCGGGACCUUCAGACGCCACGGCUUCGCCGAAGCGGCGCCGGCUUGGCGCGAAGGCCGAGGACGGCGCGCGCGGAGACAAGUCCCGGGAGCGACGCCCGAGAGACCACGCCGUCGCACUCAAGGACUGGCUCUCAGAACUCGAGAAAAGCAGUGAUUCAAGCCGUUCAGAUGCGCCGGCCGCACUCUGGGGCCCUACAGGCGUCCUCCCUCCUCUCGGUCUCUACCUCUCUCCUGAUGAAGAAAUCGAAUUGGACAGCGACACCGAUGUACAUUCGGCUCUGCCCUCUUCUUCUCUGUCUUCUUCGAGGUGGCCUCUCCGAGCGUCGUGUGUGUCUCCUCCGUGCCUACCUGUGUUUCCCCGGCCCCACACACGUGCGGUGGCGGCCGCGGUCGCGAGCGCCGCUGCGGAGUUCGUCGCCAUGGUCUUGAAGAGUCGGCUGGGGUCCCCGGCGGUCGAUGAGAAGAGCGAAAAGCCGAGAGAUGUGGCGUCGCGGUUCCUGGCCAGAUCCGUGAAUUUGAGUCUGAGGAACAAGGAACUCGAGGAGACGACCGUUCGCGCCUGGCUCGACUGCACCUCGCGCCUGGCGACCGCGACGCUCGCGCGGGCGUGGGUCGACGACGGGGCGAAGGAGUGCGCGCGAGGAGACACCGCGGGAUCUCGCGAGGAAGCAGCGGCCUCAAAGGCCCUCUGGGUGGACCACGGACGAACUCCAGGCCGAGACAGGGCGUUCAGAGACCGACGAGCCGGCAAAGACAGCAGCGAGCCUUUCGCAGACAGCGCGAAGGGGGCGGCGCGCCAGAGUCAGCGUUUCCUGAGGGCCGGCCGGAGCGAGUCUCCUUCAAACCGGGUGCACACGUUCUCGUCUUCCGAAUCUCGAAGGUCGAGGUUUCCAGACCCGAGCGCCAGCUGCACAUCGCCGUCGUCCUUCUCGAGUGCCGCGUCGUCGCCGCUUUCUUCUGCGCGAGGGCCUUGUGCUGGAUUUCCUCCCCUCGCUCUGCCGUCGUCGCUGCUCUCGAGUCCUGGCGUCGCCUUUCCUCCGCCCAACCAGCCGGGCGACAGGCGGGCCUCGUCUGCUCUCGGUCCUUCAUCUCUUCGCCGGUCUCUGAGUUGCCAGGAAGGCGUCUGGGGCCCACACGCACCCGCAAACAAGGUGUCGUCGCAGGGCCGGGAGACUCUGGGCUCCAGUGUGGGGCGCGCGUGGUACGAGGCAGCGACCGACGCGUGGGUGGCGGAGUUCGUGCGGGAGAACGGGAAGCUGGGUCGAAAGCGUUUUCUGUGUGAGAAACUGGGGGCGGCGCGCGCAGAGCGUCUCGCGAAGAUCAAGGCACGACUGCUGGCCGCCGAAGGCGAGGGUCCGCUGUCUCGACACGAACUCCUGUUGAUGCAGCGCCAUCAGCAGCUGAUCAGUCUCCACCGCGAGGGCGAGGCUCGUCUGAAGCGCGAACGGAGACAACAGGCCAGCGCGGACAGCGCCGACUCUGACGAGAGGGGCGAAGGCCUGGGGGCCUGGGGCGCCGGGAAGCGCCGGCGCGCGAGGUGCGGACCUGGAGGGGAGGUCGCGCCAGACGCGUUCGUCUCUGCGCCGUCGGUCUCCUCGUUCUCUUCCGCCUCGACGGAAGAAAGCAGCGAAACGGCGUCGCUCCUAGGCGAGAAGAACGUUGAGAGAAGGGAUCGCUACGGGUCUCUCUCGGGAGAAUCCUUCCCACCGGUCUCUUCCGGCUGUCCGACCCUCGCGCCUCUCCCAGGGACCCGCCCGGGGUCUCUCGGCUUCCCGCCGCCCCGCGAGGAGCCGCGAGGCCCCUGCAGCCCCGGCGCCGGUCCCGGCCGGCCUCCUGUCUCCCCCGCACUCGGACCAUUGCCCUGGGCUUCCUACACCCCACUCCAAACUUCUCAGUCCUUCCCUCCGAGCUACUCUUCUGGACGCAAUGGCCCUUCGGGGUACUCCUACGCGUCUGGUGUCUCUUCGGUCCGCGACGCCGCGCGUGUGGGGUUUCCGUCUCCGUUUCCCGGCGAGACGAGUUUCGCGUCCGGCAGCAGUCCUUUCCUCACCGCGCUUCCCUCCCCAAGUGUCUCCUUCGCCUCCCCGCCCCUUCAACCCGCGCCGCUGACCUUCGCGGCCCAGCAGAGCAUCUGCGUGGACGCCCUACUGGCUCUCGCCCGGUGUCGGGCCUCAGCUGGCGGGACUGCGGCGGGGGCGGCUGGCCCCGGGUCUUGGGCAGGGUUCAGCGCACUCUUUGCCUUUCUCUCGGAGCGCGGCAUGACUCCAAACAGCCUGGCGCCCUUCUGGGCGGCGAUUCAGCGUCUCUUUCUCUCCGUGGGGUGCGUGGUCUCCAGUGCAGAUCUCCCGCGAGUCCACGGCUUGGUAAAGGCCGCUGUGACGAGGAAUCCGAGCUUGGGCGAAGCCGUCGCGAAGGAACUCGACGCAGCUCUGGAGCAGAGUCAAAGAAAGAGCGAGAGGGCGGAGGUCCUGAGAACGGAGAGAGGCAUCCGGGGCGACGGUCCGACGCAGGCCGAAGGCCGAGAACAGGGCGAUAGGGCACAGGACGAGGUGGAGACCGGGAAGAAGGAGGGUGAGGAGCUGCGGGGCGAGGACAAAGGUGCGGAGACGAGGAGACAGGACGCCGCGGGGGACGGGCGACGUGUGGGGACAGGCUCGGGUCUUCAGGCCCGGGAGGGCCUGGGGGUGAGUCUCCGGGAAAGCACGACGCACUUGUUCGUUGACGGCGAAGACGACGAGGGCCUCGAGGGCGGAGACACCUUCCCUUCGCGCCCUACACCAACCCCAGGGCUCCUCGAAACCACGCCGCCCGCGGGGGCCUCGUGCCCCGUAGGAGUUGUUUCUUGCUCUCCCGCAGGGGACGCAUCUUGUUCGGCGCUGUCCUCUCCGCGAUUCGUCCCCGCAGCGAGUUCCGCCCUUCCUGAGGAGUCCACGCGUUCUGCCGGGUGGUUUUUUCCGAGCCAGAACGGCAGGGCCUUCGACUCGUGUCUCCUGUCUCCUCCCGCGGGCGCCGCGCUCCAGACCCACGCCUUGGUCGGACUCGACGGUGACGUCCCGGCGUGCGAUGACCAGGUUGAGAGGCGCCCCAACGCUGAGCUUCUUUUGCCCUCUUGCGAGGACUUGGGAAGCAGACGCGAAGACGCUUCGCCCAGAUAUCUUCUGCAUCCUGCGAACCUCCCCAGUCUCUCUCCCGCGCAGCUCGAAGAUGCCUCUCUCCUCAGACUCACCUGCAGCGGCGCCAGUGCCGGAGACGCCUUUCUCGCCCCGGAGAAGAAGAAAGCAGACGAAGAGGAAGCUGCGGCAGUGUGCGGUCUCUUCUCGUAAACGACGGAGAGAAACCACCACAGACGAAGAGAAGGCAAUCGAGAGAGAAGCCGACGAGAUGGAGAGAGAAGAGAAAGCUGUGAAGACAGGGGAAGACGAUGCGACGAAAAGAAAGAUGAUAAAUAGGUGGAGAAAAGGAGGAAGAUGGAGCAGAAAAUAUAGGGAAAACGAAAGCGUUGUAUGGGUGUUGUUAGAACAAGACCGCUUCUGAGGUUCCCUCGUUUUUCUGCCGGAGGUCGCUGUUCGCCACCGCAGAGGUGCUUAAUCGACUUCUCUUCCGGCCGAGUUUUUCUGAAAGGCGCUGAAAGUUUUGAUUUUUUCUUGUAGGGGUCGCCGCGUGCAUCUGUGUCCCUGUGAAGAUGAAAGCUUUCCCGGCAGCGGGGAGAGAAGAAAGCAGACACUCCGGUGACAGAGUUCCUUAACAUCACAGCUGUCUACUUGUGUCUCUCUGUCACGCACUGCAGUCUCCACUGUCUUUGCUGUUCUCUGAGAGGCAAACGAGAUGAAGCACACAAACAGCAUGUGAUAGAAAGAGAAAGAAACGCGGGAAGUUACCGAGAGAAAAAAUGUUUUUUCAGACAGCAGAUUGGUGUGUCUGACGAGAAGAUGACGAGUCUGGGGAACAGAAGACGAAAGAAGUCCCACAGGUGCACCUCGCUUGCUCACUGGUGAGGGACAGCCUCCGCGUAAUUUUCAGAAAAGGGGGAGAGUUUCUUGCGCAUCUUCUUCGUGUCACACACUACGUCUGUACAGGUGCAUGCCGAGUGCAUACUCAUAUAUAUAUAUAUAUAUAUAUAUAUCAAUAUAUAUAUAUAUAUCAUUAUGCUCUGUAGGUUCCUUGUAACUUUGCUCUGUAUAGACUUAGAGGAGAUGAGCACUUUUUGUACGCAGAUAUGCACUUGUGUGUGUAUUUAUGUCUGGGGAUCUAAGCAGCUGGGAGACAGGGAGCAGUUGUUGGCAAACAGUGGCAUUCUUCUGUAUUAUUUCUCCCUUUCGUGACGCAGCUAGUGCAUGCUAUGUCCAGCCUUGUCACGUCCUCUCAAAAACGAAGAGAAAGACUUUUUAACUCCAGGAACGUGCUGUGCUCGGGUCGCAAAAAGAGACGUCCUUGCUGCUUGGGUCUCACAUUUUCUGCUGUUAUUCUGACACGGGUUUCCGUCAGCUUCUCUGGCAGAAAAAGGGGAAGUGAGGAAGAAGCGAGAUCGGGACGUACAGCAGGAAAGCAGAUGAAGUUGUCCCGGACAGACCUCUUUUGUCUAUGCUCGAUUUCAACACCCGCAAAUCCGCAGGGCGGCAAGUACGUUGGCGUGGAUAGGCAUAUUGCUCAGCGUGAACCUGGGUCCUCACGAGUUCCGCCACUUAAAUUUUCAUUUUCUUUUCGAAUUCAGGUACAACCAGCAUUAGAUAUACAGCGCGACAAUCUUUGUGGUGGAAAAUUAUUGCUGUUUUCGCGUUAUGUUGUGUCUUUCGGGGCGGCUUCCUUGCCUUCGCCGUGCUGGUGGAAAGCCUGCCUGUCAUCGCUGGCGGCAGAAUCGAGGGUUGUCUCAUCGCCGGAGAUUAGCUGCCCGUCCCCCGGAUGUCGGUGUGUCUGCUGCUGUCUCUUUCCAAAUCUUCGAUCACCUUUCCAAAGUAGAUAUUUGUAGCGCUCUCUCUUCUCAACUUCCCGGUGAACAAAGUCUGUCCUUGUGAAUAGUAUGAGCAAAAAGAGUCGAGUAGAGCACUGCGAAGAUUUUCGAAGAUGAAGCCCAACAGCAAAAGGUCGUGAAUGUCUAUCCUUCGUGCUGCUCGUCAGUACAGGAUUUUUUAACGGCGUCACAGUUUAUCUGGGUGAAGAGUGACGGUAGAAAGCAAUGCACCAUGUGGGAAGAGGGGAUCUGUCAUUGUUUGCGUCACCGUCUUGGCUUGCAAAAAGUGUACGGGAAUCAGAACCAUUUUUCGCCCUCUUGCAGAAGAGAACUUCGUUGGCAACUAGUGACGAACACAAUCUUGCACACGAAUGCCGCGGCUCCACCGACCGCUCGGCUUUUUUCCUGCCCUCGUUACAGGCAGCCUGUUGAAUGGAAAUAAACUGCUCUCGUGAACAAGAAAUCGAAGGCCAACUUCGACACAGGAAGGGGUCAGCCACCAUAUACAACGUGUUGU